AUGUCGGCGGGGUUAGAGCCGUUUGCUUUGAAAGAAGAAGAUGCGAUGAAACUUCUUGCAUGCCAGGCUCAUAUUGGUGCUGAAAACUGUGAUUUCCAAAUGGAGCAGUAUGUAUGGAAGCGAAGAGCUGAUGGCACUCAUAUUAUUCACCUGAGAAAAACGUGGGAGAAACUGCUGUUAGCUGCUCGUGCAAUUGCAGCUAUUGAUGAUCCAUCUGAUGUUUGUGUUGUAUCAGCACGUCCUUAUGCACAGCGUGCUUUACUGAAAUUUGCUGCUCAUACUGGUGCUACACCAAUUUUUGGACGUUUCACUCCUGGUUGCUUGACAAAUCAGAUCCAGAAACAAUUUAAGGAACCACGUUUAUUAAUUGUUUCUGAUCCGCGCGUUGAUCAUCAAGCUGUCACAGAAGCAUCAUAUGUCGGUGUGCCAACAAUUAGCUUUUGUAAUACUGAUUCACCAUUGAAAUUUAUCGAUAUUGCUAUACCCUGCAAUAAUAAGGGUUCACAUUCAGUGGGGCUUAUGUGGUGGUUGUUAGCGCGUGAAGUGCUGCUUAUCAAAGGCAAAAUGACUCGACAAACGGGAUUUGUACUUGAUGAUAAAGAAAUCAUGCCUGACCUAUAUUUCUAUCGUGAUCCAGAUGAGCAGGAAAAGGAGGAAUUAGUUGAAACUCGAGAAAUAAAGGAUACCUGGCCAGGAGUCCCGCCUCCAGAAGUCACUAAAAUUGAUGAUGUUUAUCAGCCAAUUGGUGGUGUUGAGCCGACAAAGAAGUUAGACUUCAGUAUGGUAGAACCAGUUAGUGAUUGGGCGCAGGAAACAGAGCGAGCUGUACAACUUGAUACUGCCCAACAGCAAGAAUGGGGUGCUUCUACACAAAAUGCAAAUUGGUAG